UAUUUUAAAUUUGUUUAUAUUAAUUGUGUCGUACGUGUUUAUAACCUAGAAAAUAUACAAAUAAUGGAAGAAAUACUUGAAAAAUUAAGUGAAAAUUCAGUUAGUGAUGGCUCAAAUAGUCCAAAUUCUUCACAAUUUUCACAUUAUUACAAAUCCGGACCAACAGUUAAUGAUCAACAAAAACGACGUGAAACAAUUUUAAAAGACCUGAAAAAAAAACGGGAAUUGAGUUUUGAUAAAAAUAGGGGCCAUAUAGUAAAAGAAAAACAAGAAGGAGAUGAAGAAUCCAUGGAAUGGAAAAAUACUCAUUCGACAAAGAAAAAGAAAUGGUAUUCGAAAGAUUAUCAAAAUAAACUUAUGUUUUCCGAAUGGUUAAUUGAAGUACCUGAAGAUUUUCAAGAAAACUGGCUGUGCCUACCAUGUCCAAAAGGUCACAGGGCUCUUGUAGCAGCAACCAAAGAAAAUACAGAAGUUUACACGAAAUAUGGAUGCCUUCAAGCUCGAUUUCAGUCAUGUUUACCAAGUGGUUCUCGGGGAAAUUUUGAUGGAGACACUAUUUUAGAUUGUAUAUGGAAUUUCGCGUGUAAACAAUAUUACGUUUUAGAUGUUUUGCAAUGGGCUGGAAGGGAUUUAACUGAAUGUGAAGCACAAUUUAGAUUUUUUUGGUUAAAAUCAAAAUUUGACGAACUUCCAAAAUUGCGAACAGCUAAUGAACAUAAUAAAUAUCCAAUAGAACCAUUACAAUAUUACGAUUGUUCUCGACUCAAUGAUUUAGCAAGAGAAUUAUAUGAAUUUCCUGUAACAUCUUCACAGACUUCAUCUCCUGGUGUGGAUGGUUUACUAUUUUAUCAUAAAGAAUACAUCUAUGAAGCUGGUUUCACACCAUUAGUUGGUUGGUUAAAACCAUACAUGUUACCUGAAAUUUUAUCAAUUACAUGGAUACAUCCGGAAUAUUUAAAAGAGAAACCGCAUGAUUAUACAACUUUAGCGGACCACAUAGAUGAUUCCAAGAAACAGAAACGAAAUUGGUGGAGUGUAAAACGAUUUAAUUCAAAUGAGAAAUCGUAGACAAAUAUAUUUUGACAGUGAAAUAAGUUUUUAAAUUGUUUGACCGGUUUUUGCCAACUUUGAUUAAUAAAAAGUAUGAGCAAUAACCCUAAAAAUUAUCUUUAGCUGUAAACUAUGCUUACGAGAUCCAUUGUGUAUGGAGGUCGCUGCAAUUUUUGAAUUCUGAUGACGCCAUAAAGUAUAAAAAUUCUAUUUUUUUUAAUAAUACAGGCAAAUUUGGUCCGAUCUUAUUGGAAUUUUUUUUGAA